AUGGAUCAAAUGGAUCAAGAGCAAUCGCAACCCCCGGUUCGCCCGGAGGAACCUGUCACAUCAAUCGAAGAGGAUGGCGUUCUCACUGAAGACAAAUGGAAGGCUAUGAUGGAUGUCACCAUGGCUAUAUAUGAUUUUCGCGAGCCAGACGGUCACGAUCCAUCCCGACUGUUCCAUCGCAGUGUCAACAAACGCCUUGUCCCAGAUUACCAGGAUAUUAUCAAAGAGCCGGUAGCUCUCAGUAUACUGAAACAGAGAAUCAAUAAGCGCGAAUAUAAACAGUUCUCUGAUUUCGUACGCGACUGUGCCUUGAUCUCCCACAACGCGCAAACCUACAACAGACCCAAAUCGCAAGCUUAUGAAGAUGCUCUUGUAAUAAAGGAGGUUUUUCAUGACCAAUUCAAAAAGCUGGUCACUGAUGGCGUGAUCUCUGCCGAGGAAGCUCAAUACCCGGACCUGGGGGAAAUCCCAGAAGCGGAUCCUUUGCCCGACGACGAAGAUGAAGAGGAGGAGGAGGAAGAGGACGAUGAAGAAGACUCCGAAGAUGAGGGCCGGCGCCGAAAAAAGCCUGGGCCGAAACCCGGCUUUAAACGUGGCAUGAAGGAUUCUCAAAAACAGGAGCCGGAUCUUCGUAAGAAACGAGGUCGACCGCCUCGCGUGGAUACUCCGAUGGAAACUCGGAUUAAAACCAUUUUGAAAGGAAUCCGGAAGUUCAAGGGGCCCGGUGGCCAUUUGAAGAUCGCUCACUUCGAGCGUCUUCCAGACAAGGCUGCUUAUCCCGAUUACUACAUGGAGUUCAAGGAGCCGAUUGCCAUCGACAUAAUCAAGCGCAAGGCGAAGCGCAAGAAGUACAACUCCGUCGACCAUUUCAUGCGGGAUCUCGACGUUAUGUUCGACAACGCCAAGGCCUACAACCAAUCGGAAAGUCAAAUUUACCGAGACGCCGUUGAUUUACAAGGUGAUGCCCGGAAGCUUGCUGAACAAGAGAAGAAAAAACCUGACAGCGAGUACUUGAUGGAGGAUGGUCGGUUCCCGUUGCCAAAUGGUAUCUUACAUCGAGGCGAGCUGUGGAAGGUUGGAGAUUGGGUCCACAUACAAAACCCCAAUGAUGUGACAAAGCCUAUUGUGGCGCAGAUCUAUCGGACAUGGCAAGACUCCGAAAAUGAACAAUGGAUCAAUGCAUGCUGGUAUUAUCGCCCUGAACAAACAGUUCACCACUUUGAGAAGCAUUUUUACCCCAAUGAAGUGGUGAAAACCGGCCAAUACCGAGACCAUCGAAUUGAUGAAAUCGUCGACCGUUGCUUUGUCAUGUUCUUCACUCGCUACAGUCGGGGACGGCCACGGGACUUGGCGCCCGACAAGGAGAUCUAUGUCUGUGAAGCUCGUUACAACGAAGAAAAGCACAAGCUUAACAAGAUCAAGACAUGGGCUAGCUGCCUACCCGAUGAGGUCCGAGAGAAGGAUUACGAAAUGGAUCUCUUUGAUGUACCUCGGAAAAUUAAGAAGAUCCCCAGUCCAAUUAAGCACUUGCUGAAGGAAGAUGCCAAAGAAACAGAUGAUCUUCCCCGGCCAACCUGGGGAGCAGACAAUGCGCCGCCUGUCGUGGGGGCUGUGCACCGUCGCCCUCGUGAUGAAAAUGAAUCUCCACCUCCAGAGCCGACGCCGUCUCCACCUCCUACCCUGCCUCCAUCCGCUAUGGUAUCGGUUACUCCCCGUCAAUCUAUGAACCAACCGCUCUUGGGUGCUACUAUGGUGAGCUCAAGCAAUGUUCCAACAGCUCCACUGCAGGCACCUAUGCCCGCGCCUCCUGUGGCCCAGACUUCACCAGUACCCAUUCCCCAAGCGACAUUUCAACCUCCAAUGAACCCACAGAUGUACCAAGGUCCCAACCAACGCCGGCCAAGUAACUUUGUGCCUCAAACACCCACGAACGUGUAUCAAACAACGCCAGCACCGCAUCAAUACUCGGCAGCACAGCCAACACCAUAUGCCGCCGCCCCCUACUCUACCAACCGUCUCCAUGCUGCGGCACCGGUGUACAACCCCAAUGCUCCACGUGAAGUAGAGGUGUUCCACCUCAGUGAUGCGGCCAAUGCGGCCAUCCCAUCUGAUAUCCGGCAGCAAUUUCAUUGCGACGAAAGAGGUCGUGUCUUAUUCUUCUCAGCUCCUCCUCUAGAUAUAAUUGUGCCAGCUCGCCCAGAGUUGGCCCACUCUCUCAAAUAUCUUGCUCGCAAAGAGGAACGUCAGAAGCAAGUCGCAGAUCGAAAGCGCAAGCGAGAGGAAGAAGAGAAGCAACGGGCGGAAGAAGAAAAGCGACGACGCCUUGAGGAAGAGACUGAUCUUGCAACCCGCGUUGAGGCUCUGGCCCCGAGAGCCAUUGAAUGCAUGUUGAAGCAAGUCGUCGCCGGCACAGAUGAGCUAUACGAAACGUUCUAUGGUGAUCAAUCCGAGAGUGCUCGGGCAGCUGACUUGAAAUCUCGUGAAAGUAUGAUUCAAGCCGCUUGCUUUACUCGUCAACAGACGAGCUACAUCCAGGCACAGUCCAGAAGGGAUUGA